AUCAGCACGCGACAGAAAGGGGUGAAGGGUGACUUGCCUGUGUGUACAGUGGAGCUGAUGCAGCGGAGCGUCUCUUCGCGGAAGAAUCAUGAAUGUGAACAGAUUCAUCGCCGUUUCUAAAUCUGUUCACGUCGGCAGGCGGCUGCUCGCCUGUAACGCGAGGCAUGCCGGGAAAGCGGCGCCACACGUUCGGCAGCAGAGGUCCAUCAGAACCCACUCCAGGAACCUCGCUUACGCCAAAGAUCUGUUCCUGGGUCAGUUGAACAAGGCUGAGGUCUUCCCUUUUCCCGAAAUUGGAAAUGAAGAACUGGAGGAGCUCAACCAGUUCGUUGCCCCGGUGGAAAAAUUCUUCAGUGAGGAAGUUGACUCAGCGAAGAUUGACCGAGAGGCCAAAAUCCCUCAGGAGACUUUGGAUGGGUUGAAGGAGCUCGGGCUGUUUGGGAUCAUGAUUCCUGAGGAGUAUGGGGGUCUUGGAUUGUCCAACACCAUGUAUGCACGACUGGCAGAGAUCACCUCAUUAGACGGCUCCAUUGCUGUAACACUAGCUGCACAUCAAGCCAUUGGACUGAAGGGGAUCCUGAUUGCAGGGAGCGAAGCCCAGAAGCAGAAGUAUCUGCCCAAACUGGCGUCUGGAGAACACGUCGCAGCUUUCUGUUUGACAGAGUCCGGGAGUGGAAGCGAUGCGGCGUCCAUUAAGACCCGCGCAACGCUGUCAGAGGACGGCAAACAUUACCUGCUCAACGGCAACAAGAUCUGGAUUUCAAACGGAGGGAUGGCAGAUGUCAUGACAGUGUUUGCCAGGACGGAGGUGACGGUAGACGGCGCGAAGAAGGAUAAGAUCUCCGCAUUUAUCGUGGAGAGGGCUUUCGGGGGCAUCACCAGCGGCAAGCCUGAGGACAAAAUGGGCAUCAGGGGCUCAAACACGUGUGAAGUGUCCUUUGACAACGUCCCAGUGCCGGUAGAGAAUGUAAUAGGAGAAAUAGGAGGUGGAUUCAAGAUCGCCAUGAACAUCCUGAACUCUGGGAGGUUCAGUAUGGGGAGUUCGUCAGCCGGAAUGAUAAAAAAGCUGAUAGCACUGUCUGCCGAGUACGCCGCAACCAGGAAGCAGUUCAACAAAAGCCUAAGUGAAUUCGGUAUGAUUCAGGAGAAGUUUGCGCUGAUGGCCCUUAAUGCCUUUGUGAUGGAGAGCAUGGCAUACCUGACGGCGGGGAUGAUGGACAGGCCAGGGCUUCCAGACUGCUCCAUCGAGGCCGCCAUGGUCAAGGUGUUCAGCUCAGAGGGAGGCUGGACUUGUGUCAGUGAAGCUCUCCAGGUCCUCGGAGGUCUGGGUUAUACGAAGAAUUACCCCUUCGAGCGCUACGUCAGGGACUGUCGUAUCCUGCCCAUCUUUGAGGGCACAAAUGAAAUCCUGAGGAUGUACAUCGCUCUCACUGGACUCCAGUACGCUGGCAAAAUUAUAACCGGGAGAAUCAAGGAGAUGAAGAAAGGGAACAUAGGCUUGGCUCUGGGCAUAAUAGGCAGGAAAAUGAUGAUCCGUUACGGAGGUUCGGUGGACUUUGGCCUGAGGGGCAAAGACGGCGCGGUGCAUUGCAGCUUGGAAGAAAGUGCAAAGCAGCUGGAGCAGAAUAUCUGCGUUUUUGGAUCGACAGUGGAGAGCAUGCUGUACAGAUAUGGAAAGACCAUAGUGGACGAACAGCUCGUCCUGAAGAAAGUAGCAGACGUGCUAAUCAACCUCUACGCCAUGACGGCCGUCCUGUCCAGAGCCAGCCGCUCCAUCAGCAUCGGCCUCAGGAAUCAUGACCAUGAGGUGUUGCUCGCGAGCACAUUCUGCAGCGAGGCUUUCAUCAAGAACAAUUACAUGAUGAUGCAGUUGCAAAAGCACGCUCCAGAGAACAACGAUGCAAACAUCAAGAAGAUCGCCAGGGACGUCUUGGAGAAAAGAGAGUACAUCUGCUCUCAUCCUCUUGACAGAACAUACUGAGCUCUCCCACGUGACCACAACCCUGCGUGGUGAUUGGACAACAAGGGGCCAGUCUAGUCCCCAGUCCCAACGAUUUGCAUUUACUCCUGUAUGGUCCUCAUUUUGUUUUUUGUUUUACAUUUGACAUCAAUUUAAGAGAUGCGUGUUAAUAGUUGCACUUUCUUACUAACCGUGGCUUCAAAUAUAAAACUUGAAAUCCUC